CUGGGUGUGCGUCCACAUUCCAUGCAAUGCCACACAAAGUACCCAGCCCAACUCCAUGCCAGCGUGGCCCACAGAUCACGAUACUUCGAACAACCACCAUUACCUUCAUCAUCACCAUGGACUUCAACCCUCAGUAUUAAAGGCGGCGGGCAGAGAGCGAGCGGGGCGAGGGGAGUGAAGACGAAGAUGGAGCCACCAACGGAUCUGCGCAGGCGACGAACGCCCGAGCAGCUCGUCGUGACGGACGAGCUGGAGGAGCUGGAGGAGCCUCCUGCUGCUGCUGCUGCCGGGAGCCACGGACUCGCGGCCGGAUCGGUAAGCGGCCGUGCAUUUCGCCUUAGCAUUGGGAUCAUGCUUCUUCUUUUGCUGAUUCCUCUGGCUAUUUUGUGCCUUUUUGUUGACUCGCCCAUCAAUCCGCAGCCCUACAGCUAUGCAGAGCCGCCCCCGUUGACGGGACUGCUGCAGCCAAACGAGAAGCUACGUGGAGUAGAACGGCUGUUCCAGGGUCAGCUCAUGGGCCCAGAGUCCAUUGUUACGUUGGGAGAUGUGCUCUAUACUGGAACGGCUGAUGGACGAGUUUUAAAAAUUGAAAAAGGGGAAAUAUCCACACUGGCAAGAUUUGGAAAGCCACCGUGUGGGCGCCCGGAGCUCGAGCCCACGUGCGGGCGACCGUUGGGAAUACGUGCCAGUCCGAACGGAACACUGCUGAUAGCCGACGCGUACCUCGGUCUCUUCCAGGUCGAUCCCAUCACCGGCAAUGUCUUGACCCUGGUGUCAUCCCGAGAGCCGGUGGAGGGCCAUCCCAUGGGCUUCAUCAAUGACCUGACGGUGACCAGUGACGGCACCAGGAUCUACUUCACAGACUCGAGCAGCAAGUGGCAGCGGAGAAACAACCGCUACCUGGUGAUGGAGGCCACUGCUGAUGGGCGUCUGUUCGAGUACAACAUGGUCCAGGACUCUCUACGGCUACUCAUGGACGGGCUGCGAUUCCCCAAUGGCGUGCAGCUCACACCUAACGAGGACGCGCUGCUCGUCGCUGAAACAACCAUGGCAAGGGUGCUCAAGUAUCGUCUGUCAGGACAGCUGGCGGGCGCAAGCGAGAUCUUCGCAGACAACCUUCCUGGAUUCCCAGACAACAUUCGUGCAAGCGGCACCGGCGGAUACUGGCUGGCCAUGGCUGGGGUGCGGCCCAACCCUGGUUUUUCUUUCGUAGACUUCCUCGCACCGCGGCCUUGGCUUAAGUCGCUCAUCUUCAAGGUCCUGAGCCAGGAGGUGAUCAUGCAGUUUGUGCCACGGCACGGCCUGCUGCUGGAGCUGGGCCCAGACGGCGCAGUGUGGCGCAGCCUCCAUGACCCCGCGGGAACGAUGGUGCCCUCCGUCAGCGAGGCCCAUGAGCACGAUGGAUGGCUCUACCUGGGCUCCUACCACGCCCCCUUCAUCUCACGCAUCCGGCUCAGCAAGAUCUAGGAACUUAGAGCUGCAACCUGAAAAACACGAGUGAACAAGCAAGAAUGUAUUGCGAAGAAGAAGUAAUUUGUACAUUCUGUACUUGUGCCACUCGCGCAAUGCCAGGAUAUUAAGGAGCUGUGUUCCGUUUCGCGGAUGGGUAUAUCCUGCAAAACAACGAAUUUCUCUCACGAAACAUGUGAGGCAGUGUCCAUUCGUCCGUUCAUGAAAUUUGCAGGUUGUUUGUGUCAUUGAACGAAAGAUGGCACGUAAAAAAAUAUAUAGUCUACACUUUAAAAACAAUGUGUGCCGUCCAUUUUUCUUUCAUCCGAAUAAUUAGUUUAUUUAACAAAAAUAUGACUGGUCAUGAGAUUGUAUUUAUUUCAGCAGGAAGGGCCCAAUAAGCUGUUCGGCUCUCAUGGCCGUCCUGCGACGGGACAGAAGUUGUACAGUACAGAUCUUGGUGACCAUUAUGAUUACAUAGCGUGCGAUACAAAACAUGAAGCAUCGGUGUGUGCGUCACGUUACAGGAAUAGGGAAUCGGUGGAAAAUGGACAAAAAAAACACGACUACAUAUUUUAAGGAACAUAAAUAAAGGGAAAAAUAAGUCACUUUAAAUAUACCUUGUACGCUCUAUGAUACGUAACAUUGUGUUUCCUGAAAAACUGCCUCCAAUGUUAAUGAUGUGGAACCUUACAGUGUUAAAAUGAGACUGUCGUGACAUAAAACCAUAUACCAAACGUGGUGAUUCAUUAACCACAAAUUACAAGAGUGGAAUGUUAGGGCCGCACCUUUUAGCGUAGAAUCAAUCUUUGUUAACAUUUCAAAUCAGCUAGGAUCGUGAUUUGAUCGGAAUCCUAUGGUAGUGCAACCUAACGGUUUAGGAGUUGCUAUAAUUUAAUUAUCAAUGAAAAUAACAUUUAAAAUGAAGGGUGAUUUAUGAUCACUGAGUUUUUUUUGCCCGCACUGGACCUUUGUCAGCUGACAAAACGUAUUUGUUUAUUGACAUGAACUCUUGCCCCGUUUGCGCCAGGGGAUAAAUAUCGAGAACUCCGUAGUGUAAACACAAGCAGCUAAUUCAGUCAGUUUUUGCUCGUCACCAUAGCGUUUAUCAACCAGUAAAAUACCGUGUAUUGUUCUCGGUAUUUUGUUUUCCAUUAGAGUGCAUAUAUACGCAUAAAAUGUACCCUAUUAAAACAGACACCACAGGACACGUGUCAAUGUGCUUGGUUGUUUUUUUGACCAGGGAGGUCAGGUUCUCCAACGUGUAAAGUCGUCGAGUACAUGGGAUAAACCUACAUCUGCAUUUAAAGUAUCCUGCAUAAACUAUUGGAAUUACUUCUAUACUCUAUAAAAUUAUGAAUUCACACCAGUGAAUAAAAAAACUAUUAUUUGCCAAAUGCGUAUGUACAAUUGUUCACAUCGUUUGAAGCAUUUUUUCGCUAUUUACAUUUGUCUGAAAGAUUAAAGAAUCGUUGACAAUAUGA